AUGCAGAUGGUCAAGAUAGCAGUCCUGGUGGCGUUUUUGUUCGCCGCCACUGCGAACGCUGGCGAAGAGCAACUAGCGGCAAUGUUGCCAUCCUGUGCGGUAGGUAGUAUGGCCGAUUUCCUUACGCUUGUGGGUGUUGAUCCAACUGACAAUGUGAAGCUGGAAUGUAUGAUGUCGUCCAUGUCGCAAACUUCCUGUGCAGCUACGGACCAGAAAUGUCUCUGUAUGGAUGCCAAGUAUACUGCUGUACUUGAAGAAUGUGUACUUGCCAGCUGCACUAUUCGUCAGUCUUUGACUACGAAGAACGUGACGACAUCGGCCUGUGGAGCCCCAAUCCGAGACCGGACAAAGGUCGUUUCUUAUUCAGGAGUGGGAGGUUGUAUUGUUGCUCUGAUUGCCUACAUUCUCAGGAUGGUGGCUCGUUUCAAAUGCUCAGGAACAAUUGGUAUAGAUGACUGGACAAUGACAUUGACAAUGUGCCUCGUUAUUCCGCUUAGUGCACUCUCCGCUGUCUUGGCCAACGCCGGCUUGGGAAGGGACAUGUGGACGAUUCCUUUGGAUAAUAUCACCCGCAUACUUUAUCUCUAUUUUUGGAGUGAGCUGUUAUAUUUGAGCAUCUUACCUCUAACCAAGAUCUCAAUUCUCUGCUUUUAUCUUCGUAUCUUUCCAGAGCGCCGCUUUCGCAUUGUGACAUACUUCGUCAUUGGGCUCAAUUUGAGCUACUUGGUUGUUUUUAUCUUGAUAUCAGUGUUCCAAUGUCGACCCCAACCUGGGGCAUGGCUUCAUUGGGAUGGUGAGGGUAAUUAUCAGUGCAAUAACAUCAAUGCUCAGGGUUGGGCGGCUGCGACAUUCAACAUGGUUCUCGAUAUCAUUGUCAUGGUGCUUCCUUUACGGCAGCUCUAUCAGCUCAAUCUUUCCAUGAGGAAGAAGUCGUAUGUGAUGUGUAUGUUUGGGUUGGGUAUAUUCGUGACACUGGUCAGUAUUUUACGCCUGAGCUCACUUAUCCAUUUUGCCGCGACGCAAAAUUUGACUUGGGACUACGUAACUGUCGGGUACUGGAGUACUGUUGAGUGCGACGUCGGGGUUAUAUGUGCUUGCCUGCCUGCGAUUAGGUCUCUGUUACGCCAGGCUGCCCCUGGAAUGUUUGGUGACACGGAGCAAAACAAGUCAUACGGAAUGAACUCGCAUACUCGAGGGAAUUCUCGAUUGGAUGGGUCUAUCAUUGUCCAAGGCAAAGGUGAAAGUCGACAGUUCUACCCGCUGGGCGAUAUAGAGACCUCCAGCCAAGCUCAGCUACACCACAGAACCUAG